GUGCGGAUGUUUACAAACACAAAAAAAACGAAGGCACCUCGGUUAAGAAACAAGUAAACCGCUCGACCGAUAAUUCACUAGUACCCAGGUAAGUACUUUUUAUACCAUUCCUAGAUCGCCCACUAGAAAAACAGAAACGGAACGGGAAUUCCGUCAGUGCCCGCACAACCUCGGUACUCUCCGCCGCGUUCUCUACCAAUCGCAAUUUACUAUUCUUAUCUGCGUAAACCGUGUCGUUCACAAAUAACAAAACGAUCCCAACGCAAACUGGGCGACACUCGCGUUGGUUCUCAUUGCACCAACUCACCCUAUUCAAACCCUUAUGGCACUAAAUAUACGAAAAAGUAUCUUAGUUACGAAGACGGUCUGUGUUGUGCUUCACUCCAUUCGGGUGUUGCCACAUUGUUAGGUGCCAGGAAUGUUUUUCCUCUCAUACGGUAUACAUUUGUGAAAUCAACUCCCUGGCGAAAAGGAGUUCGAAUCUGAUUUAUGCAUAAAACAUAAACAUAACAGUUUGUUUGUGCAAAGGUGAUUUAAUCAAUAGUUAGUAGUAGGAGAAAAUGAUCAUUGCCACGUCCGCGUCCAUAUACCUACUUUAUGACCGUAAUUAACUGAGAUAUUUACAUCAUUUUCUUAAUGCGUUACUACACAAACCUAAUGAUUUUCACUUAUCAAUUAUUUACUCGCACCGCAAUUGCCAUACGCAGGUACCACAAAUUGUACGCACGACUGCCAUGGUGGUCGCAAACUGUAUACCGUGUAUCCUGAAGGACCUCGUAUACGUUGGAAGUUUCUUUGGAAUUCCAUGUUUUGUUAUAUCGUGUGACCACAACUACUUGUACUCCAAAACUGAUUUCCAUUGGUCUAUAAGAUCAGUUAUCACUUCCUUUGCUAUUGCAAUCACAUUGCUUAUAGGCACAAUUUACCACGCAAGAGUUUCUUUAAGUGUCACCAGUAAAAAUGAGAACCUAGUCGUGUGGGCAUUUACAUGCAUGCACUUCCUGUCGUAUUUGAGGGCCUGUAUAACAGCAUUAACAGUCCUGUUUUAUACAAAACUCAUACGAGCAUGUGUGGCGGCGAUAAACGAUUGGCUCAAAGACUGGUAUGACCUAACAGCGGAAGUCACAAUGACCAAAUCCACUGUGGAAAGACUACGAUUGCAGAUAAUGGCCUGGCUCUUCGGCCAUUUCGCAAUAUUUGGUAUCUACAUUACGAACACCGAAGAGAGAAAUGCCCUUCUCGUGAUAAUGGAUCUAGUCAGUUUUAUCAUUGACACAAUCACGAUACUUUGCUUUAGAUACGCCGGAGUAAUUUUUUUCACCAUUUUUUACAGCCACCAACAAAACUUCAAAGUGUAUUUCUUGAAAAACACGACCCUUAAUAACAGAACGAAAGAAUUCGUGCUUUUCUAUACCAACUUAAGACGGUGUUUGCAAUCCGCAGAUAAGAUUUUUGGGCCAAUCGUUAUUAUUUGGUUAUUAACAUCUAUGGCGAUUAACGUAAUUAACACUUUUGUGCUGGUUAUGCUGCUUCUCGGAAAAAUCCAUUUUCAACCAAGCGUCACGGUUUUACCGGUUUAUAUACCACUAAUUUUGGUUUUCAGCGCUAUUGCCGUCAUGGAAAAUCUUCACAGAGUUGUAAGUUUAUGAACCUUUUUACAUUGCUUCUUAUCAUAACAAAAAUCGAUUUAAAUAAAACGAUUAAGGCAAUGCAUUACCUACUGACCAUGCAAAAAUCUAGAAACAAAACAUUUGCUGUUUAUGUUCAACUUUGUCAUGUGUGCGAAAUACUUUUUAGCGCAUUUUUUAAGAGUUAAAAACAAUGUGCUAUUGUUUUCGUUUUGUCCGUCCGUCCGGACCCACUUUUGCCGUUUUGAACUACUUCUAGGGGAAUGGUCCUAAAGUCCUGGAAUUUUUUGCACAUCCGUCGUUUGUGCUAUUCAUAUGCCCUGUUCACUUAACGGACCCGAAGAAACGUAUCUAGAAACAUAAACCAUGUAUUUGGUCUAUGCUAAAAAUGUAUAAAACAGGGAAUACGUAGCGGUUUUCGUCUAAUGAUAUCGAAUAUUGCAAUUUACUAAAGUGCUUAUAUAUUUGCAGAAUGACGAUCUACUGUCGUUUUUGUUCAAAGCCCCUCUCAGCAAGUUACCGAAGAUAGAAAUAGACGAAGUAUGAACACUGAUAAAAUUUAUAUCAGAACUUGAUAUUUUCUUGCAGAUUGAGAUCCUUAUAAAGCUUUUAAUCAUUAAAAAACCAGGCGUUACAGGAAUGGGUCUAUUCGUAAUAGGAUUAAAGACAAUAACUUUGCUGUGCGGUAUCAUUAUUACGUACGUGUUAGUUGCAGUUCAGUUCCAGUUGCAAGAAUAAUAGUGAUUUAGGAUUACCCCUUUAUUUCUCUGAAUCGUCAAAUACUGGAGAUCUUAUUGAUCGAGGCAGUUUAUAGCUCUGAAUUUGAAUUUAAUUUUCGACUCCACUCCAGUAAUCCAUACAUUAAGAUUUCAAGUUCAAGUUUAAUUAAUAUAUAAAUGG